GAAAACUUCUCCGCUCCGCUCCCAAAGUCACCAACAUCCUCCAUCCACACUUGGCACAGCCUUGCCAGUCGUCCUCUUUCUUUUGCGCCGAUAAGAAAAACAACUUUUUAUGCCAUUCAAAUCCAUGCGACGAUACUCAUCCAUUCGGACGAAGGCAUUCACGCAAAUUGGUCAAGCAUAAAAUGCCCGGCACGGUGCUUGAUUUUCUGUCAUUCUUCAGUCCCCUUCCGAAAGAGGUCUCAUGCUCCGCCAGAUUUCCAACGGAGACGAGCCCUCGAGUCGUCGUUCAGUCUGUCAAUGUUCGUUGAACGCACCAUAUGUAGACGCUGAAAAUCGGUUCUUUUUUGUCCCUCCUUCAUCGCCAAUCCCUCGACAUUCAAUCAGCCCUAGUGCAAUGAAGGACGCUUAACUUCAUGGGUGUCGAAAUGGGCAGAUAUGUUCGUGUUAAUGUACAUCAAGUUUGUCUAUUCUUGGCAACAUUUGUGAUCUUAACCACUCUAAUUUGCAUGGACAAACUGAAGAAGAACGACGACAAGAUCAUAGCUUUCCGUGCAGUUGAACCCCGUAGAAGUCUCCUUGAGGAUGUGAUCCCGUGGGAUCAGCACUUGACUCCGGAGGAUGUGGGAUAUGUCUUCACCGAUCCCAUGACCUAUGAAGGACCCAUUCUGAAAGCUUGGCCACCCAGUCAAAGUCGGGAUGUCUCUCGGAUCAUCAAGCCGGGUCAAAACACGACACUCAGUGAUAUGACAUGUUUUGAUUGGUCGCAAGUGAAGAUUUUGAUCGUAGUUCAAACUGCUCCAGAAUUUUGGAAGCGACGCCAGGGCAUCCGCCAAACAUGGAUGAAGUCCAAAUAUCCUGGAAUCAAAGUGGUUUUCCUCUUCGGAAAGAGCCAAACUAACGAGAAGCAACCUCUCUCGUUAGAGCUUGAGCAAGAGGUCCAUUGUGAUAUGAUUCAAAUGGAUUUCGUAGAUGACUAUUACAAUUGUACCUUGGAUUCCAUAUUUGCCAUGAAAGUUGCCAUGGAAAAUCGCCAAAUUGAUCCAGAUUUCCUGAUCAUUAGCGACGAUGACACUUACAUUCAUUUGCCUCAUAUUUGGAACUUGCUGUACAACCAAAGGGCUUUGGAAAAGCUUUUUCCCAAUUAAUGACGUCCUCAUCACUGGAUAUCUUGCCAAAAUGUGCCGCCUCUCACUCAUAUCCAGCAAAAAUUUUCAGCCCUUUGAAGAUUCGUCAUUGGGCAAAUUGAGGCCCAACCAGGCUGUGAUACACUACGUCAAUCCGAGAGCCAUGUUGGUGAUCGACCACGUUUUUCGCUUUCAAAACGGGCAGGUUGAUAAAGAUUGCUCCACGCCAAACUCGUUUUGUUCAAAGAACAAGAAACUCCAUUUCUGUGAUUAUUUUGAAUGUAGACCCUUCCUUCCGAUUGAUAAAGGUUUGGGAGGUUCAUCAAGACUGGAAGCCAAAGUCUGAAUUAAGAAGGAUUUGUAUUUGGCCCUUGUCCCUGACGUAGUACGUUGACUUCAACGUGGAAUUAAAUGCAAUUGCUAAAGGCGAUAUGCACAAAUACCACACAUGAAGAGGGGAUAUGCAUUUUUUUGUGUCUCCGAUGUCAUUCUCCAUUUUCAGAGUUCAAGCGCAGUGCUUUACAUUUCGUGUUUGUCUGCAACAUGGCCUCAACAAUGCAAAAAGAGAACAAAUGUUGUUUUGAACAUUCAUCCCAACGAGUUACUAAAACAAUAAAUGUAGGAAAAUUCCUUG